UUCCAUUCACAAAGUAGUAGUAGAGAGCAUAAGAGACUCUUUCUCACCUCACCACUGGCCCCUGUAAAGGACCGACGACAACGAUUCAGGUCCGACGGCGACGGCGACUCUGUUCUUGGGGAUAGCAGUGCUAAUCAAUUUCAUUGUUCCAUAGAGAGAUAGAGAGAGAUGCAUUGUUCUAGCUAUUAUACUCGGCCACAUUUCACUUUCCAUCAAUCUCACUCUUCAUCAAAUUCAUAUUCAUCUUCUUUAUUAUCAACGGAGCUUCUUAAACAAUCAUCCAGACUAUGUUUCUCAACUCACGCAAAAAUCAGUGCCUGCCAACGGAGAAUUCAUAACGACGAUUUCCUGGUUGACACAGAUAUACUGACUGGCAAAGCCGCCGCAAAAGGUUCCGGGACGACGGCAAGAGGUCGAAGAUUGCUGAAGAUUAGGGAGGACAAGAGGAAGCGUGACUAUGACCGCCUUCACAAUUAUCCUGCUUGGGCCAAGGUGCUGGAAGAUGCUUGUAAAAAUGAUGAAGAGCUCCGAGCUGUUCUUGGGGAUAGCAUUGGGAAUCCUGAGCUAAUGAGGAAAAAGGUUGAAGAAAGGGUAAGAACGAGAGGUCCCAAUUUUAACAAGUCUAAAACUGGUUCAGUGUUGUCUUUCAAAGUUAGCUUCAGAGACUUCAAUCUUAUCGAUUCUUACAUAUGGUUUGAGUUGUAUGGAUCACCAUCUGAUCGGGAGGUUGACCUUAUUGGUAGUGUUAUUCAGUCAUGGUAUGUCAUGGGUCGCUUGGGUGCGUUCAAUUCAUCUAAUCUACAGUUGGGAAAUACAUCUAUGGAGUAUGAUCCUUUAUAUGACGAGGAGAAGGGCUUCAAAGUGAUGCCAUCAUCAUUUCAUGACAUCGGUGACGUCGAGUUCCAGGACAAUUGGGGCCGAGUUUGGGUGGAUCUUGGAACGUCUGAUUUCUUUGCUAUCGAUGUACUUCUUAAUUGCCUUACAGUGCUUAGCUCAGAAUAUCUGGGGAUACAACAAAUAGUAUUUGGAGGUAGUAAGUUGGGUGACUGGGAAGAAGGUAUGACGAGUCCUGAUUAUGGUUACAAGUACUUCAAGAUCUGAGAUUUGGUCCUGAAACCAAUAGUUUCAAAUAAAUAGAUGACAGAAAACGAUCUCCCAAUCCAAUGGUACUUCGAGUUUGUUUGAUGUAGGAUUAUUUGAAAAAAAAACAAUCUUCUUUGAUGAAAAAGUGGAUUUAUAUGGAGGUUAUUUGGGUUAAAUUAAUAAAGAUAUUAUUUGUAUUUAGUAUUUACAAUGUUAAAAGAAAAUGAAGUAGAAUAAUUUAGUAUUCACAAAAUGGUUUUGCAUAUUCAAAUUUAUGUGGCUCUUGGUGUCAUAUGUUUUGUUUUGACAUCUAUGUUUUGUUUUUU